UACCCUCUAAAAUUAAAUUUUCCUACUUAAAGCUAAAGUUAAAAUUUCCUAUCCAAAACUAAAAGUAAAAUUCGCUACUUAAACUAAGAAUAAAUUGUGCUACUUCAUCCUAAAAGAAAUUAACUACUUAAUGCUACAUGUACAAUUGUCUAUCUAAAUUUACCUACAACAAAAGACUGAAUUCGAUUUACUACUUAUAAAUAAUGAAAUGAGCAACAAACACAAUAAACCAUUACAACAGCAUUGAAUUUUAAACCUAAUUCUCCCUCUGAUUUUUUAUUUCGAAAGGCAAAACCCUUAGUUUGACCCCAAACAUUUGGUCCUUCGAGCCGGAUAAACUCUAACGACACAAAGCUACAAAAAUUGCAAAAGGCGCCAACACACAAUUCUGGACCCAAGCCAAGCGCCCACCUACACACACACACACAUACACACACAUCAAAAAAGAAGCUUCAAAAUAAUGGCCGGAUAUUUACCUCGCCCAGAGUCCCCACGACCCGCCAGACCCACACGCCCUCGCUUCGACCCACGGGAACCCAGGUAUCGCCCCGCAUCUUGGCAGUAUGCCUGUGGCCUCUGCCAGGAGGACCACGCCAUACGGUCAUGCCCGCGGUUCCGGCAAAUGACACCGUAUCAGAGAUACGAGACAGUUGAGAGACGGAGUUACUGUCGGAACUGUCUGGCGCGCAGCCAUCUGGCCCCAGACUGCCCCGUGGUCACUGCCUGCCGAACAUGCGACUACCGCCAUCACACAAUGCUGCAUGGAGCCCCACAGCUUAGGGAGACAUACGGCAGCUACAGCCCGCCCCCAAUGGAGAUUGCCAACCCACGGCAACUUGCAAUCGAACCAGCCAACCAGAUGCCCAUCGUCCAAGGCCCUCCCCCGGUCGAGAUACCUUACAGCCGGGCCACUGUUUUUGUACCCACGGCGAUGGUGGAAUUGGCACCCGAGGAGCAGGACGAUUGGGCUGGGGUACGGGUACUUUUGUGCCAGGCAUCGACCAUCACCCGAAUCGCGGCAGCCACAGUAACUCGCCUGGGGAUACCAACGAGAGAGCGCAGAGGGCACCGUCUGGCAACAAUAAGACUUCGGUCAAGGCAUGCGUCGAGGAGGACCAUGUAUACCAUCCGGGCAGUGGUGACCCGGGAUUUGCCGCGACGACCCUAUUCAGAUCCCAUCAUUCCCGACCCCACAAGCAGCCUAAGAUCCCUUUCUUUGGCAGAUGCUGACCCUAGGGGCAACGAACCAAUCGAUGUAGAGGUAGGGGCCGAUGCCUACGCCCACCUCCGGAGGAGUGGUGUUGUACAACCCGGAUUGGGAGCCGUCUUCGCCCAGGAGACAGAUUGGGGAUACGUGUUCGUCGGCCCAGUCACCUCACAGGCAAGAAACCAAAAUUAAAAAGGUAAGAUGUCACUUCGUCACUUGGAGGGGGAGAAUGUUCAAAGUACGUUUGAACAUGAAGUCAUGUGCACCCAUGUGCAGACAUGCGUUCACGUAUGCACAUGACCCACUGUGCAUAACGGUACAUUGAAGUAAGUUCUUAAUCGCUGAUUCCGCCUUGACUUCAUAUUUGUUUACCUGGAAUUGUUGCUUGUAGCUUGGAAAGUUGACCGUUUUCGCGGGGUCCAAGUGACAAGCAACAACCAAAAAAAGAUCAGUCUCGCUUUUAAAUCUCAAACCCGCGCAUCGUAUUCGCUCCCCCUCAAAGUGAACCCAAGUGAAGUGAAAAGCAAAAAAGUGAUCUUACAUAUAUACAUAUAAACAAUCGUUAAAGAAAAGAACAUUACAAACAGUGAAACAAAAAUUAACAAACUCAAUUUUCAGACGUGAAGAAGACACUAAGAUACAACAUAAACCCACAAGAAGACCCAAAAUCAACACAACACAUGGUUAAACCAUCAAAGUGCGGGACACCAAAAAUAAACACAAGUGCGGGCCACUCUACACACCAUCAACCAAUUCCUAUAUCCUU